AUGCUUCAACAACAACAAUCACAACUCCAAACUAAACCAUUUUAUCAUCAACUGAUUUCCGAUACCUUUGAAAAAAGGUUAAAACAAGUGAUUGAAGAUAGAGAUGCUCUUUCGGAAAAGUAUAUUAAAUUACAAGAACUCUCUCUCCAAUUAAAAAGUAUUGAAAACAAGAAGGAAUUUCAUACGCUCGUAGAUGUUGGAACGAAUUUUUAUGUUCAAGGACAUGUUACUGACACUCGAACGAUUUACUUGGAUGUGGGAUUAGGUUUUUUCUCUGAAUUUUCAAUUCCCAAAGCAAUGAAAUUCGUGACACAACAAAUGGAGCAACUAAAUGCAAUGAUUGAGGAAAAAAAACAACAAGCACUCAUUAUUGAACAAAAUAUACAUCUGGCACUCACAAAUAAUGGAUUAGAAUAA